AUGAGUGGCGACUCUGCAAAUUAUGAUGUCGGAUACCCGAUAUAUGGUGCUAAAUUUAUCAAUGAAGACACUUUACUGGUGGCUGGUGGUGGUGGUAAGUUCAAUUCCUCAUUUCCAAAUAAAAUCACUGCUCUGAAGGUGAACUUUCAGAAAAAGAAGCGCAUUAGAAGGUUCCGUGAGAUAACUUUAGAUUCGAUGGACGAUGCGCCAACUUCAUUGGAUUGUAACAACAAUCUGAUUCUGGUAGGUUGUAAUGAAUUAUUUAAUGAAUCUUCAGUGGAGAACGUCAAUCAUCAUCUGAGAAAGUUUAUGUUUGAACAAGAACAUUUGAAAUUUGUGGCUAGUAUUGAUUUCAACAGAACUACGGACCCAUCCGUUUUCACCAAGUUUGUUUAUAUUGAUCAAAGGGCUACAGUAGCAGCAAUUGCGUCUUCUGCAGUGCCCAGUGUGAUUAGAAUAAUUGAUCCUAGGAACUUGACCGAAAAUUACGAAAUUGAAACAGGGAAGGAAGUUAACGAUUUGCAUUUCGCUCCCAACGGUAUUUUGCUGUCGUAUAUCACUUCUAACUCCUUGGAAGUAGCGUCUGUUAGGGAUGGGAAGUUCGUGGCAAGAAAAACAGAUUUUGAUAAAAACCUUAUUCUUUCUAAAAUCAGAUUUAUUAAUGAUGAUACACUGCUUGUUGCCGCAUCAUUAUCGAAUUCCGAUGGUGUUUCUUUGUUGAAAAUAGGUGUAAGCUCGAGGGGGGUCAAAAUCUUAAAAACUGCACCCUUCAUGUUUGAUUUAAAUGUAAUAACAUCGAUGGAUGUUUCUCCAAAUGGCCAGUUUAUUGGGAUAUCGUCUAACGAUAACUCAAUUGCAAUCAUCAAUGUUGGAAAGCUAGAACUGGUGCAGUUAGUGCCAAGAGUGCAUGAAUCUAACAUAACAAGAGUCACGUUCUCUCCGAACUCUAAAUAUUUGGCCAGCACUUCUAUGGGGAACACGAUCAAUGUGCUGAAACUUUCUAUUACAUCGUCAUCAAUCUUAAGGAAGAUUUGGAACUUUUUUGUGAAUUUUGUUUUGUUAGUAGUCUUAGCGGGGGCUGUUCAAUUAGGCUACAAACAUGAUUUACAUGGCCUUCUCUACAGGCAUGCCCAUGAUAUAUACAAUUCCAAAUUCAAAGGAAACACCUUUGUGGAUCAAGGAUCAUCUUAUUGUUCUACGGUCAGCGACGACUACAGAGGUAUCACAGAAACUGCAGAUAUCGUCAGUGCCAAUGAUUUAACGAGAGAUAUCAGCACUGAGUUAUCCUUAUUUGAUACCAGCACUAUGAAAACAAUCGUGGAAGACCUAACAAGUUCUGUUUGGAUAUCACCAUCAUCUAUUUCAGAGGUCCCUUCACUGGAUUCACCUACAGAAAUCCCAUGCUCUUUUUCUUCGAAAACUUCAGAUUUUGUUACUAGCGACCUCCCAAUGUCCUCUUUAUCCUUUACAGAAAGGGCUACUAGUGAGCAGAUUUUGUCUUCAUCCACUUCUGAGCUUGCAAAACCAAUUACCUCUUCCGCAAUAUCCACCAUCGCUGAAACAAAUAUAACACCACUAAAUGCAGAGUCCAUAACUUCACCUUUGGAGCCUAUUACAGAAUAUCCCGAGUCAAUUUUAUAUUCGAGUGAGCAAGCUUCCCCACUUGUAGUGGUACAAUCAGAUAAUCAAAGAGUAACGAGUACAGAUGGUGAAUCUAAAAUGGUAAUAAGUGAAAUGACAUCGCCAUCGCCAUUAUUGACACAUUCGCUCUCACAUACGCCGUCUUCAUUGUUAUCCUUAUCAGCUAUAUCAACUGCUGCCGCUUCAUCAGCAUUAUCCACUGAUCUCGUCACUAUAAUUACUACAACACGCACAAAUCCAACCAAUGGUCCAGCUGAACUAUCUUCUAUAGACAACUUGAAAAUCGCACCCACAAGGGAAGUUUACAAGACAAAAAUAAUCACUGAAGUCAUUACAAAAAUUGAAUAUAGAAACAUGCCUGUAUCUAGUUAUGAAGCAACAACUGGGCAACAUAUCGAAGCAUUGUCUUCAUGGUCAUUGACACCCACAAACACAAUGAUUUCUCGGUCUUUAACUGAAAUCGAGCCUAUGGCAUCAGAAUUACAGAGCAUGGUUGAAACACCUGCAGAUCUUACUUCCAGGGAGUCAAUAAUUGAUCAAAUCAAGUCCAAUUUGACCUCAUAUGAAAAUUCCUCGCUAAUAUCAGCAUCCAGGGAUUCCACUACCUUUCAUCGAAAGUCAUUUUCUGAUUCAUCCAUAAUCUCUAGCCUCCAAUCAAUGGAACUUCCAACUGUAACUACUACUUCUUUUGAUUCUGUAUCAACUUCUUCAGCCUCCACUUCAAUUGUUUCGAGUACUCAUCCCAUCCCCGAGCUUGUUUCAUCGGUUAUUGAGGAGACUGUAACCAGUUCAUUCUCGGAAACAAAAAUGCAGGGGGAUGAUGCUUCUUCCAUUGAGAGCUUAGGACAUACCAGUAUUCGUGCAGAUAGUAUACAAACAUCAGGGAUUAAUUUUGCUAAUCCUCCCUCAUCAAACUCUACGAUUAUUGAAAAAAUUUCCUCACUAUCUACAACUUCUGGCAGCAGUAGUAUUAAUUCUGUUACCACACCAGCUGAUAAAGAUGCGUCCUUAUUCAUGGAAUCUGGACCAAUUCCAGUGUCUCACCCGAUACCAAAUAUAACUAUAACAACUCCAUCGUUUAUAAGCGAUUCGCGUGAAAUGACUGCUGGUUCAAUUGCCGCAACAGGAUUGGUACAAAAAGAAAUCAUGAUAGAGGUGGGAGCUCUGAAAAACAUACCUAAACCAUCCGACACACACCAGAACAUCAAUACUUUUGUCUCUCAACCAUCUGCAACGGAAACCUACACUUCUGUUUAUGAAGAAGGCAUCAGUAGCACCUCCUCAUCUAGUGAAUUGGUUUCACCAUUAAACAUAGAAACCACCACUUUGCCUAAUGCGCUGAUUCCUUCGGGAGCAACUAUAGCACCUUCAGAUAACAACUUGGAUUCAAACAUAGUCUAUGGCGGUAACCAAACAGCAGAGACGGUAAAUAACGCCAACCUUCAUGAUGAAUUAUAA